CUUUUUUUCUAUCGCUUUCUUUUUCUAAAUAAACAUGGAGAAAAAAGAAUACGUUGCUGUUCCUACAGAGCAAAUUGAUCAAGAAGCUGCUCUGCCUGCCUACGAAGAACAUGAAAAUGCUCAAGCUGAACAAUCGAAGAAGCGUCGCAGACGUUUUAGAUUCUUCUUGAUUGGUGGUGCUAUCACACUCUUGGGUCUCUCUCAAUUAUGCAGUGGACCUCAAAUGAGUGUUAUGGAAGCUGGCCGUGAUAUGGAUAUUCAUCCUCAAGAUGCUCCUGAGCCUUGCGCUUUAAGACACUUGGAACAAUACCAAGAAUUAAAGCACCAUAUGCAAUUUCUCGAGGAUUCUUUUGGUGAACCUUGGGGUCCUCCAGCCUACCAUGGUAUGUACCAAGGUCCUCCUCCACCUGGUCCACCCGGCACUCCCCCUCCCAACCCUCCUCCUCAUAAGCACCAUAAGCAUCAUCACAAACACCACCAUAAGCACCACCAUAAGCAUGAUGAUGAUGACGACGACGACGAUAAUGAAGAACACUUUGAACCUAUUGAUGAUAAUAAUAAGAAAAGCCAUCGUGGUCAUGACCGUUACUUGUUGCCUCCCGAUGGUCACCGUGGUCCUCCUCGCCACCCUCAUCAUUUCCCCCCACCUCCUCCUCCCGACCAUGAACUUGUCACUGAAGAAAAUUUUGAUGCUUUCAUGGCCGAUGACGGCAAGAAGAAAAAGCACCCUCAUCACCACGAACCUUUCUGUAAGAUUGAUGAACUCAAGGCCGAAUCUACUGUCUUCAAGUUUUCUCCUGAACAAUUCAAGCGUGCUGGUGUCUUCUUGAACGGCUGGUUCUCUCGUGGUGGCCAUGUUCGUCUUCACAAGUCUGAAGAUAGUUCUGUGGAAGAUGUGAAGGUCAAUGUCACCCUUUAUGCUGGCCGUGAUGACCUUCAAAAGGAAGUCAAGAUCUCUGCUUUUGAUCAUGAAGGUCAAUACGCUGUUCAAAUUGAACGUGGUCAUUUCCAUAAUUCUUUCGAUGGUCGUCAUGAUGGUGGUCACCAUGGUGGUGGUCACCAUGAUGAUGACGAGCACAGAAAGGAACACUGUCUCGUUUAUAAUAUUGAUGUCGUCUUCCCUGGAAACAUUGAUUACUAUGAAGAACUUGAUCUUCAUAUCAAGGCUGCUCAACGUAUUCAAGGCGGCAAAGGUAUUGAGAACAUCAAGUUCGGUACUGUUAAAGCAGGUCUUGGUCGUGGUGCCAUUAUUUUCGAUAAUUUGAAAGCCAAGAACUUACUUCUUGGCACUCUUCAAGGUGUCGUGAUGGGUACUUACCAACCCAGCGAAAAUUUUAAGGCUGGUACUAUUCAUGGUGCUACGAAAGUAAAGAUUGAACCUAGUGGUGAAAACAUCAAUGUUACUGCUUCUUCUAUCUUUGGUCCUGCUUCUGUUGAUAUUCCUGCUGACAGUUAUAAGGGUGACUUUGUCUUGUACAAUCUCUUUGGUGAAUCCUCUACUAUCCAAGCUCCUAACCCUGAAGACAUUCAUGUCACUAAACUCAGACCUACUCACAAGAUUGGUUACUACAAGGAAGAGCACACUGGUUCCAAGAUUGUCGUAGCUGCUAAAAUUCAUGGUGGUGAAAGACUUUCUUUCAAUUAAAUAAAUCUUUAUUUCAUGCAUACUCGAUAUGAUGACAUGCUCUUAAAACAUCUUCAUUGACUUCAAAAUUUACGUGUGUAUCAACAUGCAUCAAAAGACAAAUGUAAUUUUCGCCUUGGUCC